CAUGGAAUAUACAUCCGAAUCUGACUCCUUUGUUUAUAAUUUAAUACCAAUAUUCUUUUUUACUAUGAAUUUCCUUGAUGAUACUUGGAAUUACAACAGUUCUACUGGUGGAAGAGUAUUUGAUGAUGCUAUCUUCCUUGGUACUCCUUUUG